CGCGGGGGCUUUGCCUCCAAGGGAAGGAACUUUGGAGGCACAACAAUUAAGCGCUCAGCUGAGGGGUUGGCAGUUCGAACCCACCCAGUGAGAAGAGAGAAAGACGGUCAUCGCUCCUGAAAAGUCUGUCUUGGCCCGAGACGAGGGAUAGAACUGUCGCGGAAGGUCUUCACCAGGGAAGCCCUCAGUGUUCCCUGUGAGCCCGUGGACACCUCCUGGGAUGCUCUCUCUUCAUUGGUGGGGCCUGCCCACGGCCCUUCUUGUCCUGCUCUGCUGCCCAGGGUUCAGCGAGGAUGCGUUUCAAGUGAACAUGUGGCCAGAGCAGCUGGUGGUCGAGCCCAGUGGGUCCCUGGAGGUCAACUGUAGCACCAACUGCGUGCGGCCGGACCUGGGUGGUCUGGAGACCCCCCUGCCCAAGGUGCUGCUGGCCCGCCAGCCUCAGUGGCAGCUGUAUUUGAUCUCGAACAUCUCUGAGGACACGGCACUCUACUGCUACUUCACCUGUGCCGGCAAACAGCUGUCCAAGGGGGCCAAUGUCAGCGUGUACCACCCUCCAAAGCUAGUGAUGCUCAAGCUGCAGCCCACCUGGGUGGCCAUGGGCCGACCUUUCACCAUGGAGUGCAGGGUGCCCGCCGUGGCGCCCCUCGAGAGCCUUACCCUCACCCUGCUCCGUGGCAGGGACCCCCUGCACAAUCAGACCUUCGGCAGGGCGACGUCUGCCCCCCAAGAGGCCACAGCCACCCUGAGCAUCACGGCUGGCAGGGAGGACAGCCAUCACAAUUUCUCAUGCCAGGCCGAGUUGGACCUGCGCGCUCAGGGCGGGGGCAUCCUCCGCAGCUUCUCGGAGCCCCAGGUGCUGCAGGUCUACGAGCCCUUGCAGGACAACCAGAUGGUCAUCAUCAUCGCCGCCGUGUCGGUGCUGCUGUUCCUCUUUGUGAUGUCUGUCCUGCUGUGCUUUGUCUUCGGCCAGCACUGGCGUCAGAAGAGGACAGGUGCCUACCAGGUCCGAGCGGCCUGGCGGAGACUGCCCAAGGCCUACCGGGCACAGCAGGCAUGAGCAGUGGGGCUCCGGCCACCUCUGGACCUCAGGGUGCUUAGCCUUAGCUGAAGAACUGUGUGACAAGCGGCAGAGGACUUGGGGACACAUCCUUCGCUAGCCUGAAUACAAACACUUGGACUUA